AUGGGUGAAGGCCUGCGCUGGACAGCACGUCUCCAGAGGAGGGUGAGAGACCUCCUUGAAGCACCCCCAGCCAGCGGGGGGGUAAAUUACACAUUGGAGUCCUACACACGAACUCCCCGUUUCUGGAAAAUCCCCCUGCCAGGACAGCAGGCUCCAGGUGACAAGGUCCCCUUUGUGAACAGGAACAGGACACAGAGGAGUUCUGGAUAUGGGGGACGGCAGGUUGUCCGCAGCACCUGUUGGCGGCCAGCCUUCUCCAGCCACAUGCUGGCCCACUGCUCCAGGGCAGGGGCCACACUGCUUGGCAGGGCUGGCAGAACAGAACCCAAGAGAGAAGCUGGGGUCUGGUCUCCCCGGGAGCGAUGGCGGCGCCAUCAGAGGAGCAGCGGGCAGGAGCGCUACGGGGCAAGCGGGGAGGUCCUGGGGAUCCGAGCACGCAGAUCUGAACCCGGCGGCACUUUCUACCGAAUGACCCGAGGACUUCUGCCAGGAGGAUGCGCGGUGGCUGCGAGGCUCCAGGGCUCCCUCGCCCUUUUGCGUCCGGGGCCCCGCCAGACUUGCACGGGGCUUCACCAAGAGGGGAGAAGGGGUCGGCGACAGGGGGCUGGGAGGAUGAAAAAGAGGGUGCAAGGAGGACGCAUCGAGUACCUGGUGAAAUGGAAAGGGUGGGCGAUCAAGUACAGCACUUGGGAGCCCGAGGAGAACAUCCUGGACUCGCGGCUCAUUGCAGCCUUCGAGCAGAAGGAGAGGGAACGUGAGCUGUAUGGGCCCAAGAAGAGGGGACCCAAACCCAAAACUUUCCUCCUGAAGGUNCGGGCACAGGCAGACGCCCUCCGCAUCAGUGACGUGCAUUUCUCUGUCAAGCCGAGUGCCAGUGCCUCGUCGCCCAAGCUGCACUCCAGCGCAGCCGUGCACCGCCUCAAGAAGGACAUCCGCCGCUGCCACCGCAUGUCCCGCCGCCCCCUGCCCCGCCCAGACCCCCAGGGGGGCAGCCCUGGCCUGCGCCCACCCAUCUCGCCCUUCUCCGAGACAGUGCGCAUCAUCAAUCGCAAGGUGAAGCCUCGGGAGCCCAAGCGGAACCGCAUCAUCCUGAACCUGAAGCAGGAGCUUCCAACCCGUGUGAACCUCUCGGCCGCCCCAGCCCCGGGCCCUGCCGCGCCCACCGCCCUGCACUCCAAGAUGGACCAGCUGGAGGGCCAGCUGCUGGCCCAGGUGCUGGCACUGGAGAAGGAGCGUGCGGCCCUCGGUCACAGCAGCCGUCAGCAGCGGCAGGAGGUGGAGAAGGAGCUGGAUGCCCUGCAGGGCCGUGUGGCCGAGCUGGAGCACGGGUCCUCGGCCUACAGUCCUCCAGACGCCUUCAAGAUCAGCAUCCCCAUCCGCAACAACUAUAUGUACGCCCGUGUGAGGAAGGCGUUGCCUGAGCUCUACGCAUUCACCGCCUGCAUGUGGCUGCGGUCCCGGUCGGGCAGCACCGGCCAGGGCACCCCCUUCUCCUACUCGGUGCCUGGGCAGGCCAACGAGAUUGUGCUGCUGGAGGCAGGCCCCGACCCCAUGGAGCUGCUGAUCAACGACAAGGUGGCCCAGCUGCCUCUGAGCCUGAAGGACAAUGACUGGCACCACAUCUGCAUCGCCUGGACCACGAGGGAUGGCCUGUGGUCUGCCUACGAGGAUGGGGAGCUGCAGGGCUCUGGUGAGAACCUGGCUGCCUGGCACCCCAUCAAGCCUCAUGGGAUCCUUAUCCUGGGCCAGGAGCAGGAUACCCUGGGCGGCCGGUUUGAUGCCACCCAAGCCUUCGUCGGUGACAUUGCCCAGUUUAACCUGUGGGACCACGCCUUGACACCUGCUCAGGUCCUGGGCAUUGCCAACUGUACCGGGCCGCUGCUGGGCAACGUCCUUCCCUGGGAAGACAGGCUGGUGGAGGCCUUCGGGGGUGCAACGAAGGCCGCCUUUGAUGUCUGCAAGGGGAGGGCCAAGGCAUGAGGGGACACUUCGUCCAGGGCCCCUCCCUUGCCUGCCACUUUGGGCACCUCAAAGGGGAGCACAUUCCCUCCUCGGCCUUCCCACACACUGGCUUUCCCUCCUGCCCCACUCCUGACCCUGCCUCCCGUUUCCCUUCACCUGUGCCCACACCUCCAGAAUGCCCUGCCCUGGAAGUGUGUCCCCUAACCCCACCUGGAUAGGGACGAGCAUCCUAAGUCAACAGUUGGAGCCCACCCUCCUGGCAUUGCACUGGAGUUGUCUCCCUGCCUGGCCCAUCAGUCACUAGUCACCCAUGAUGUCACCUAUCUCGAUUGGCAUCUCCCAUGAAGUUGUGUAGGGGAUGGCCACUAUCUCAGUGGUGGGGGUGGCCAUCUGCCCUCUGUUCCCUAUGCAGCAGGCCUGGCCCCUUCCCCUUCAGAGCCACCACAGGCUAUAGAAGGGGGUGACAGGGACACAGGAGGUCAGACUCACCCUCCUCCAUCUUUCCAUCCCAGCUGCCAGUCAAGGGCAACAAGAUCCUGAUGGCACCUCUCCAACCCCUCCCACACCUCCCCCUUCCUCCUCUCUCCUCCUUUCUUCGUGUACAGUGGUUUGAAUGUUGGCUCCAUGCCUGGCCCAGCCCCACCUCAGUUGUUAGGACAUUCCCUUCCCAGCUCUAGCCCUGAGGGCUAGGGACCAAGACUCUGGGAGGUCAAAGGGCCACAGUCACCCCCUGUGCUCACCCAGAGCUGUGGUCACUGACACAGUCACCCCUCCCCCACUGUGCCAAGGACAGGACCUGGGCCACUUCAACCAGGCUGGGAACAGCUUAAGGCAGAGGCAUCAUGACUGGAGACCCUGCCUCUGGAGAUAUUGCCUACCUCCUGUGCAUGGCUUUGGGGAAGGAAGGAAGAAGCUGAGAGGGUUAGGGAGAGUCAUGGAGUGGUGGCCAGAGCACUUGGUUGAGAGGGAGGAGCCCUUGGUUCCCAGCCAGCCCUGCUGCUAGCCUGCUGUGUCCUUGCCCUCUCUGGGCCUGGACUUCUUCAUUUGUGAGCUGAGGUCCUUCUCUGGUCAUUUGCAAGAGCUCUCCAGAUUGGGUGUGGGUGGUCUGUGACUCCAGAUGGAUAGGGUGGGGAAAGCCCGAGAACCCGCCUGGUGACCCUGGGCUUAGCAGGGCUAGGUCCUGGGACUGGGCAGCAGAUGGGAUCAGGAUAGUCUUGGCUUAGGGUCAGCAGCUGGCUCCAGAGAAGGUCAAGGGAAGGGCAAGGUUCAAGGCAGACCAACCUCACACAUGGGUUGUAAAAAUCAGCUCCCUCUGGAUCCCUCCAGCCUGGCGCCCAUGACUGUCUGAGAAUGUCUCAAAGGACUGAUGGCUUCCUGGACUCUACCUUUGAGUGGUCACUAGCUCCUUCAAGAGACUGUAAGAGUGUCAGAGCUGAGAAAAGCCACCCAGUCUGAACUUUUGUGAGAGAUGAGGAAGAGCUCAGAGAGCGCAAGUGACUUGCACAGGAUCACACAGCACAUUAAGGCAGAGCCAGGACUAGAACCCAGAGCAUCUAACUCCUUCUUCAGUGCUUCCCCCCACCACACACACACACACACACCGUACCACUUUGUCCCUGAGGAUCUUUGAGUUCAGCCUCCACCCAAGUAGUGGACAUCUGAGAGGUCAGGAUGCUUUCCAACUUGAUGCCUGGAACACCCAGACAUCUUGGGCCCCCCAUCCACAUGAAGUAGGGGAUAGGAGGUUAUGAAUCCUGAAUACUUUGGCAGAACAGAGAACCGGGUACACAGGUAUCCCUCCUCCUUCCCCUGCUCAUCACUUUGCAGGUGACUGAGCAGCUGCAGGUUCCCUAACUCAAGUGGAAACCCAAGCCCUCUUUUUGUUCCCCAUCUCCGCUCCCCAAGGCCACAUAGUCUGAGAUGUGAUACAAAAGCAGUGGGCCAUAGGGCCCUAUGCCAUGAAAGUGUCUCCAAGCCUUGUCACCCCUGGCCCCCAAAUCCUUGUUUCCAUUCUGAGAGCACAAAUGAAUUGCUCAGCACCUGCGGCCCAACUCCCCCUGGAAGGAAGAGCAAUGGUGGGUUUCAGCCAGACCUGCUGAGAUCAGGUUGCCCUGGUAACAGCCAAUGACAUCAGCCCAAGUGCUGGGUCAAGUAUCUCAUCAUAAUGACACGCGCUGUUGCUGGGGUGACGGCAGAAUUCGGGAUGCAGGUUCCAGGGAUGCUGAGCUUCAUCUGUCCCCCUUAUUGUAUGGAAGGAGGUAGCUUUCGUAAAACUUGGAAGGACGAUAGGGUCUCAGGGAGGGAGGUGACACCACUUGCUUGGUCACUCCAGCCCACCCAGACGUACCCUCCCAAGUCCUUUAUGCUUCGUCCCAGCAACAAUGAGGUAUCUGACGUCUGAGCCUCGUUCCCAAGCUGAGUCACCCGGCCAGCCUUCCUGAGGGAACAGGGACAAUUGGAGAUGCUGGGGUGUGGGCUCUGAGUCUGGGUCAUUGGCUACGACCCUGGCUCCUCAUUUCCAAAGUCCCUGCCCCUCCUCCAUCCAUGUAUCAUUCUAUGUACACUUCCUGAGCACCUGCUGUUUGGACUCCAGUUUCGAUAUCUUCUGCUGCCCCUGGGCACAUCCAAGAAGACAGAAACAGAGGAGCUGGAAGUGGCACCCAGUCGUGUCCUGAGCUGCUCCUGGCUAAUAUUGAUGACAGAGCCCAGGCUUUAAGUAUCCAGCACUGCACAGAGCAUGUCCUGGGCACCAUCCUGUUUAUCCUCACAACACAGGUGUAAGUUAGGACUGUCCCUCACCCCAUUUUAUAGGUGAGGAAACUGGGGCACAGAGAGGUGGCGUGACCUGUCUAGUGUCAAUCAGCUAGAGAGUGACAGAGCCCAGAUUUCAGACCAAAGUAGGUCACGUCCAGGGCCCACCCCUCAGCCUGAGGGGACGAGCACCCCCUAAUCCUGUGUAGAGUGGGCUCUGGAUGCUGUUGCCCCUGGUGUGUUUCAACCUAAAGGGAUGUGCAAGACCCCAUGCGGCUUGAGGUGGAGAAACAGAGGCAGGGAAUAGGCCAGGGCCAGGGUCCCCUUGGGAAUGUGUCCCUUCCACCAUGUGUCCACAACCUCAGCCCUUCUCCUUCUCCCAGAGUUCCCAGGAGGGCUAAAAGGGAAAGGGAAGCUGAACAGCUCUCAAGAGUCCCAGGCCGGGAAGGGGAGGAGGGCUGCUGCUCCUCUAAGUGCUACUUGGGGCCAGGCCCUGCACCAGGUGCUUCCCAGCUGUUAUCUGCCAGAUCUUCCCACCUUUGAGGCAUGUGGUGCUCCCACCAAUGUCCCAAGGGGACAUAUCCCCUCACCACAACUCUGCAUGACCUAGGACCACAGAUUGGACAGGAAGGGCUCUUGGAGGAGGCCAAAGUUCCCAUUUUACAGGUAAAGAAGCGGGGAGGGUGAGCAACCCUGAAGGCCACCCAGCUGGACACAGGAGAUGUGAUCCCAGCCUCUGACUGCAUCUGGUUCUCUCCAGGACACAGUGGCCCCUCUUCCCAACACUGGAUCCCUCCUCAUCUAUGUGUCCCAGCACCCUUGGCCUGAGUAACCUGGGGAAGGGGCCCCCUCCCAGAGAUGGGAUCACUCCCUUCACCCCUUUAUUCCCACUGCCUGCCACUCCAGACUCCACCUCCCUCCCUGACCCCUGGGUGGGGAAGGGGCUCGCAUGGGCCCAGGCUGAGUGUGAGUGAGCAUGUCAGGUUGGCCAACACUGUGACAUCAGUGCACCCUACUAACAACCACUCCCCGGUCACCCCCCUUCCUUCCCCUCUCCCUAUUUUGUACAUAAAUUGACAUGAGCUGCAACGUGCGUGUGUGUAUGUAUGUGUGCGCGUGUAUGAUCUGUGUCAUGGUUUUUGUUACCUUUUUGUUUUUGUAAAUUUGAAUGUUCAAAAUAAACAUACUGUUUACUCUAA